AACACUCCACUAAAUGUUAGGAAAAUGCAAGGUUACUUAGAGCCCAUGCUUAAGUCUGAAGUGUAUAAUCCUUUUGGGCUCAACCUAACUAUAAUGGGCUCUGAGCUGUUUCACUUCAAGCUGUCCGUGGUUCCCGGGGUCACCUUUUGUGAGUUAGUAGAGGAAUUUCAGAUUUAUGUUGACGAAGUUCCAUUGCCUUUUCCAGGACAUACACUCAUUGCUGUUGCAACAUCCGUAGUGAUAGGGGGAUUCGUUUUUAUAGCAUUUCUAUUCCAACUGCGUAACAUCCACCCACUGAGAGCAUUCCGGAGAUAUGUCAGAGGAAAUACUGCAAACUCAUCAAAUAUAAGUAUCAACUCAUAAGUGAAAGUCUACAUAGUGAACAAAGAUAAUCAUCAAUUGUCUAAAUUUCCUAGUUUUAUUGAACAU